UAUUGGUAGAAUGUGCUUUGACUCUGUUCAUCAGGAGAAUCUACAGAACGUAGGCAUGAACUAAAAUGUGUGGAAUACGAUCAAAGAAUUAAUCUUGAAUGGAAGGAAUGACAGUGGGGACACUCCCACCCACUGCUUCCUUGUUACAGCUGAGAUGGCUUUGAAGAUGAACUUUUCUGAUAGUAGCAGUAGCUAAUUCCCUAUGAGUGAAUUUAAAGACAAAUUAUUGACUUUUGACAGGCCAUUUUUGUCUAGUAAAUUAAUAAUACACAUAUUUUAAAAACACUUUGAAGGGAGAACUAUUAACUAUUCUUAACUUUAGCUGUGUUCUGAUAUUUAGUUUGAUAUUUUAAUUAAAAAGAUUUCAAUUUUAUACAUAAGCACACUGACAUGUAAGUUCCUUUUUAAUGUAAUGCUAAUCUUAAACAUAUUAUAAAGAAAUGCCUGUGUAGUCAGUAUUUGCAAAUAAGAGAUAUUGUUCUAAACCACAAAGCGUAAGAAGGGAAGCCUCUGAUGUGUCUUGUAAUGUGGUUUCUGGCAUCUCUCCGUCUGAUUUUCUGCUAAAGCCCAAGAGAGAGUUUUGCCAUAAAAAUCUGGCCAUGUCUACUCUGAAGUAGGCCCCAUUGGGUAUGAUGGGGCUCCCUACAUGAAUUACAUUAGUUUGCAGUCCUAAGACAUCGCAGGUGCUGUAUUUGCACACAGCACUAAAUCAGAACCCAGGAAAAUUGUGGUAGUUUUGUGGUUUCUCCCAGACCAAAAUGGACCCUGGUAUCUGGACAGUACAGCAAUUCAUGACCCUUUGUUUGGAUGACAUGCUGAGCUCUCAGUUCCUGGUUAGAUACUUUAGUUGCAGGAGAAGGAAAGCCGGAGCAAAUGGACAGCUUACAUCUUUGUAGGAUAUGCAUUGUAUUGCGUUUUUCCACAUCAGAUCUCUACAUUUGUUCUAAGUGCAAAGAAAAACGAAAACAACUUACAUUGUUUACUGUAUCUUCCAAAAGCCAAUGAAUUUUGUUUUGAUUCCAAACUUCAUAGGAAUUUGGAAAUAAUGAAUAAGAUGCAUUCCUGAUAUUUAGACUAAUUAGACCUUUCUUGUGUUUUCCCUGCAGACUUAUUCUAUGGCUGUCUACCUUGUCAAACAGCUGUCCUCUACUGUGUUGCUACAGAGGUUACGAAUAAAAGGCAUAAGAAACCCUGACCAUUCCAGAGCACUAAUCAAAGAGAAGCUAACUGCAGAUCCUGACAGUGAAAUAGCAACAACCAGUUUAAGAGUUUCUCUUCUAUGCCCACUUGGCAAAAUGCGACUAGCAAUACCUUGUAGGUCUCUGACUUGCUCACACCUUCAGUGUUUUGAUGCCACCUUGUAUAUUCAGAUGAAUGAAAAGAAACCCACUUGGGUGUGUCCUGUCUGUGACAAAAAAGCACCCUAUGAACAUCUAAUAAUUGAUGGGUUGUUUAUGGAAAUCCUGAAAUAUUGCACAGAUUGUGAUGAAAUUCAAUUUAAGGAAGAUGGGUCAUGGGCUCCUAUGAGAUCAAAAAAAGAGGCACAAGAGGUGACAACAUCUUUUAAUGGUGUAGAAGGCUGCUUAAGUUCUUCUGUGGAUCAUCAGGUGUCUUCUCAUCAGUCAAAUAAAAAUAAGAAAGUUGAAGUGAUCGACUUAACCGUUGACAGCUCAUCAGAUGAAGAGGAGGAGGAACCAUCUGUCAAGAGGAGGUGUCCAUCUCUCUCUCCUGCAUCACCCAUUAACAGCAAGAGCCUUUUAAGUCUGCCCCAUCAAGUCUCUCCUGUUUCAAGAACUCCCAGCCUUCCAGCUGUCGACACAAGCUACAUCAACACAUCACUUCUGCAGGACUACAGGCAUCCGUUUCAUAUGACCCCCAUGCCUUACGACCUCCAAGGCUUGGAUUUCUUUUCUUUCUUACCAGGAGACAAUCAGCAUUACAGCACUUCCAUUUUGGCUGCCGCCGCCGCCGCCGUCUCCACUUCCGACGAUCAAGAACUCUUGCACUCCCGUUUUUUCCCCUAUACUUCAUCGCAGAUGUUCCUGGAUCAGCUGAACACUGGAGGGAGCACUGCUCUCCCUACCACAAAUGGCAGCAACAGCGGUAGCAACAGCAGCCUCGUGUCCUCCACCAGUAUUCGGGAGGCCCACGGUCACCCUGUGGCCGGCAGAAGUAGCACAGACCCAGCUUCUCUCUUUGGCGUAAUCCCAGACAUUAUUUCUUUAGACUGAGUUCUGUUGAGCCGUCACUGGACUUGUUGGUGAAGAGAUUUGCGAUUUUGUUUUACCUUAUUUUGUUUAGAAAUGCAGAUAAGAUUUUCCUUUUUUGUAGGGAAAAAUAUUAAGACGUGUACAGAGAACAAAACUAUAUUUUCAGUUGUACUUUUGUAUAUAAACAGAAGAUGAUUUGAUUGGUGAAAAACAAACAAAAAAUUAGAAAAGCUCCCAACAUAAUUGCUUGGGAUAUGGAAGAUUUUUCCCCUCCCUAAUUGUCUUGUACGCUGGUGGGCUUGUUUUGAAGCUUUGAACCACAUAACCUUUUGUUUGUUCACAGCAGUGCUAAUGGAAAAAAUGGUGUGCUUGAAACACUGAACAUUGUGGAAGGACUGCUAACUCUUGAGGAAACAAAUGGCACCCACAAUAAUUGGAGAGAAUUUCUCCUUCCUUAGGGCAUGCUCCAUUGGGAAAGUUUUCCUGCACAAAGCUUUUGAAACAAAUUCAACGUUUGCAAUUGAAUUGGACCUUCCUGCUUUUCCUCUCUAUUUGGUUAUCCUGAAAUUGGACGGAGGCUGUUUCAGUUACAGAAAUUGCAUAGCAUUCUCUCGUGUGCCAGCUGGAUGUAGAUUUUUGGAAAGUCUUUCGGCUGUUUGUUCUGGUGUGGAUGGUCUGUUCUGAAUCUUCCAUGUUUCUUCUUCGGACUGUUUUUAUUAGC